AUGCAAGUUCCCUCUCAGCCUAGAUACAACGAAAUCGGCGUGCAACUGCUGAGCUCCCAUGUGUUCAGCCAAAUAUUUCCCGACGGGUGCGAGCCUCCCCCCGAAGAGCUUGUGAAGCUGUCCAAAGAUCAUUUACAACGCCAUGACCUGCUUGGAAAGAACACCGACGAUUCCAAACCCAUCGCGUUUGACCUGCCACAACUAGAGGGACGUACUCUUGAUGAACACUUCUACAAACUCGGCUCCGAUUGCGCAGAGCCCUACCUUUCAUUUGCCAAACAAUUCGCCCGGGCUAGUGUUCCUCCAAAGCCUAGAAAAUGGGUUCGCCGUAGUGGAUGGACCAAGUAUUAUCCUGAUGGAAGAAGCGAACCGGUCGAUGUUCCCGACGAGCACAUGCUGUGCUUUGAUACGGAAGUCAUGUGGAAAGAGAGCCCAUUUGCUGUCAUGGCAUGCGCCUCAAGUCCCACAGCCUGGUACGCAUGGCUGUCUCCGUGGCUUCUGGGGAAAUCAAAAAAUGAUCGUCAACUUAUUCCCCUUGGUGACCCUGCCAAGGAGCGGGUGGUUGUUGGACAUAAUGUGGGAUACGACCGUGCUAGGGUACUAGAAGAAUACGGCAUUGAGCAGUCACGAAAUUCUUUCAUUGAUACAAUGUCACUUCACGUUGCCGUCAACGGCAUGUGCUCACAACAGAGGCCAACGUGGAUGAGGCACAAGAAGAAUCGCGAACUCAGGGAACGAGUUGCGAGCCAGACCCCCGAUAACGACCUUGCAGAGCUUUUGACCAGUAAAAGUAUGCAUGAUGAAGAGGAGCUCUGGGUUGAACGCAGUUCGGUAAACUCGCUGCGCGAUGUCGCCAAAUUUCAUCUCAAUGUGUCCAUUGAUAAGGCUGUGCGAGACGACUUCGGCGAGCUUGACCGCAAGGGCGUCUUGGCGAAAUUAGAUGAACUAAUGGAUUAUUGCGCUGCAGAUGUGGCCAUCACACAUCGCGUUUACCAGAUUGUAUUUCCCAACUUUCUCGAGGUCUGCCCUCAUCCAGUCAGCUUCGCGGCCCUACGCCAUCUUGCUUCCGUCAUUUUACCCGUCAACAAAUCGUGGGAUGCGUACAUUGCGAAUGCCGAAGCUACGUACCACAAGCUAUCUGAUGCCGUCCAGGAACGACUCGUUGGGUUGACCGAGAAGGCCUUGGAAAUCAAGAGUGACAUAACCAAGUGGCAAAACGAUCCCUGGAUGAAGCAACUAGACUGGUCAGGACAGGAAGUUCGCAUGGUCAAAGGGAAACGCAAGGACGAUCCACCACGCCCUGCCGCCCGGCAGAAGAAGCCGGGAAUGCCACAAUGGUAUAAAGAUCUUUUCCCAAAGAAUGAUUCGCCUAUCAACGUUACAGUCCGCACGCGAAUAGCCCCUCUGCUUCUUAGGCUGGCUUGGGAUGGCCACCCAUUGUUUUGGUCAGACAAGUAUGGGUGGACUUUUCGAGUUCCCCGUGACGAAUCAGCGAAAUACACCGCAAAGCAGAUGAUCCAGUGUACCUUUGACGAAACGGAGCUUGCUCUCCGGGAUGAUAGAGAGCAUUAUUAUUUCAAGCUUCCGCACAAGGAUGGACCGACAGCCCGAUGUGCUAAUCCCAUGGCGAAAGGUUACUUGCGUUAUUUCGAGGCUGGCACACUGUCGUCGGAAUACGAGUAUGCCAAAGAAGCUCUAGAAAUGAAUGCUUCAUGUUCUUACUGGAUAAGCGCAAGAGACCGGAUCAUGUCUCAAAUGGUAGUUUAUGACAAAGAUAUCCCCAACAGACAGGCAUCCGGACGACCACGGACCAAGUCGAAGGCAGAUUCUUACGGCUUCAUCCUGCCCCAAGUUAUCCCCAUGGGAACGAUUACUAGGCGAGCAGUGGAAAAUACAUGGCUGACGGCCAGCAACGCAAAGAAGAACCGCGUCGGCUCUGAACUAAAGGCCAUGGUAAAGGCUCCUAAGGGGUAUUGUUUUGUAGGAGCUGAUGUCGACUCCGAGGAGCUCUGGAUUGCCAGCUUGGUUGGAGAUGCGACUUUCAAACUCCAUGGCGGCAACGCCAUUGGUUUCAUGACACUUGAAGGCACAAAAGCAGCAGGCACAGACCUGCACUCACGGACAGCUGGCAUCCUAGGUAUUACGAGAAACGAUGCCAAGGUCUUCAACUACGGACGUAUUUACGGGGCUGGCUUGAAGUUUGCGGCUACUCUACUGCGACAGUUUAACCCCAGCCUGUCCGAGAGACAAACCAUGGAAGUGGCUUCGAGGCUGUAUGCCAAUACCAAGGGCACGAAGACGAAUCGCAAGGUUAUUCAUAAUAAGCCUUUCUGGAGAGGAGGCACAGAGUCAUUUGUCUUCAAUAAGCUUGAAGAGUUUGCCGAGCAAGAACGCCCGCGGACCCCAGUUCUCGGGGCUGGAAUUACAGAAGCUCUCAUGAGCCGCUUUAUCAGCAAAGGUGGCUACCUCACGUCGCGAAUUAACUGGGCUAUUCAAUCCUCAGGCGUCGACUAUCUGCACCUGCUUAUCGUCUCUAUGGACUUCCUUAUUAGGAGAUUCAACAUCAGUGCUCGCCUAGCCGUUACCGUCCAUGAUGAGAUUCGAUAUCUUGUCAAAGAACAGGACAAGUACCGCGCCGCCAUGGCUCUCCAAGUCGCCAAUGUCUGGACACGAGCAAUGUUUGCGCAACAGGUUGGCAUCAAUGACCUACCCCAAUCUUGUGCGUAUUUUUCUGCAGUGGAUAUCGACCAUGUCCUGCGCAAGGAAGUAGAUAUGGACUGCAUUACGCCAAGUCACCCUACCGCAAUCGCGCCCGGCGAAAGCUUAGACAUCAGUACGUUACUCGAGAAGGGAUCAGAGGCCAUGCUAGACCCCGCGGUCGUUCCAGACUCGAAAUCCGCACCCCAACCCGGACAAUACCAGUAUACCCCUCGCGUUCCCGUGAUGGAGGCAAUGCAGGACACGCCUGGGCAUAGCUUGUCUUUCAUUAAAGCACAAAUCAUCGAUAGCGACGACGAACUUCAAAAUAUGGUCAAGGAUAUGAAGAAGGUGCAAGCUGCGGCAGGUGCUGACAAGGAGAAGCCCAUGGCUAAAAGAAGCCUGAAAAAGGUGCUACCGUACCACGCACAGCCUCAACUAAUCCCCAUGGAAGAGCCAAUGUCCGUUUCUGAGGCGCUGCGCACCAAGUAUCGAAACGAGCACGAUGGGAAGAACAACAAGUGGCCGUGGCCCAGAACUCCCAAUAAGAGCCAAAGGACAAGCACGAGGCUUUAG